AUUAGUUGAGCCCCAUGUCAGACUGAGCUCAGUGACUCCCCCUAGUGGCAGAUACCCUGCCAUGCUGAUGUGCAGCGCCUAUGACUUCUACCCCAAACCAAUCAGAGUGACCUGGCUGAGGGACGGACAUGAGGUGAAGUCUGAUGUGACCUCCACUGAGGAGCUGGCUAACGGGGACUGGUACUACCAGAUCCACUCCCACCUGGAGUACACACCCAAGUCUGGAGAGAAGAUCUCCUGUAUGGUGGAGCACAUCAGCCUCACUGAGCCCAUGAUGUAUCACUGGGACCCGUCCCUGCCUGAGGCUGAGAGGAAUAAGAUCGCGAUCGGGGUUCCACUGUGA